AUGGCUGCUCCAAUGCACUUCGAUCUCUUCCCCCAACCCGCCUUUGACUUUCUAUCUCGUCCACCUCCACAGAAGAAGCGUCCAGCAGGCCCUCCUCCUCCCACUCCUCCUCUUACCAUCAGCAAUCUUAUCACUACCGCUCCUUCCAGUUCUUACCGCCGCUCUUCGGUCACCGGAAUAACUACCUGGGCCUCAAAAGUCAUACCUGGAACCCCUGCUCCCACGAGUCCACCGACUACGACCCCUACAUCCGGUCGUCGUCCCUCUCUUAUCUUCCGUCGCUCCUCGGUAUCCUGGAACGGAGGUCGUCGCUCCUCGUUCACCGCCAAUCGCCGUCCUUCUGCUUCGUUUCUCAACGUAGCGGAGACUCCGAUUGCUGCUACUCCUUCGUUCAAGGACUGCAAGUACGACCUAUCAGCGCUCGGAUACACUUACGCCGUCGUCCCUCUUCCUACUCCGAUGGAGCCCAUAUCCCCUACACGUCGCUCAGGGAUCGACUUGCCAAAGCUUCAUAUUCCGACGUUCUCUUCCUCCACUCCUAAAGGUUCUCCUACGAAGCCCCAUGGCCCACUUCACCUUUUCCGAUCCCGAUUCCGAUCCAAGUCAAUCUCCGCCUCCACUCGACUUCCUCUCCCCUCCUCUCCCAGCAAGCCUAAAUCCUCCACCACCCUCACGAAGCCCAAAUCCAAGUCCAACAAAGCAUCGCGUCGCCGUUCGCGUUCUGUCUCUGGAACGGACUCUGCUUCCACCUCGACCAGUGAGCGCAAGAAAUCCACGUACGCCAACUUGGCGAAACACGAGUACACGGCCGGUGGCGCUUCUCUCCAGCGCGAUGUCGCCCUCAUGCAGUUCAUGGGCGGAGGCUCGCACGAGAAGAACAUCAAGAAUGUGAUGCGGAAGAAGGCUAAGGCGGAGCGGAAGGAGCAGGGCUUGGAUUUCGAGUGUAAGGGUGAAGAUGUGGCGGUGGACGAAGUGUGGCGGGAUGGGAAGGGUGGCAUAUGGAGGGAUGAGGACGAGGCGUUGGAGUACCACGGGCUAUUGGACGGGUAUAGCAGUAGCAAGGAGCGCGUGUCGAGGGAGUGGGUCGGAUUUGGUGGGAGUGGGGAAGUUAGUCCUACGGGUGCGGCGGAAGACGAGGAGGAAAGGAGAGGCAGUGUGUCGACGCAAGACUCCGAUCUCGAUCCUCGAUACGUCGUUCCCGCUGCUUCCACCGAGAACGUCGCCGUCGAUAUCGAUAUCAACGUUCUAUCGCAUUCGAGUCCUCCUGCCCAGUCUUCUGCGCCCGGCAUUACGAUGCUCACGGUCCCCUCACGCCCCAACCGUCUUGCUCCUCACCUCCGAAAAGCUCCCUCUUUCAUCCUCGAAGCAUUCGUUCCUCGUUCACCUCCACCGGUCCCUCACCAGCGUUCUCGUUCUCUCUCAGACGCGAUAUCCUCUGUUCAGCCUGUGCAACCAACCCCACUGCCGAAGGGCAAAGAACGCAGGAGGCCCGCAGCGCUCGAUCUUCGCCCAAUCGAGAAUCAGACCAACUUGAUGCCGGCACUGUACGCUGUUCAAGGUGAAGCCGAGUUUUUAAGCGAUUCGUUCGAACCCGCUCCCACAUCGGAACCGGAGAAUGUACGAAAAGCAGAGAUUUCGGAGGUUAGUAGUGUGAGGCGAGGUCUCGGUAGGAGGGCUUCAGUGUUAAACCUGGGUGUCGGGUUGUUGAUGAAGGCAGUUGGUGGCGCGAAGAAAGAGAACGGGGUCUGUGCAUGAAGUGCCUGCUUGGUCAAGCCCACUUUGUGCACGGAGCUAUCGGUACAGGUUGUUUAUUGUUUAUGUUGCGGCUGAAGUACAUGCACUCUUUUAUUUUACGAAUUUUCAUGCUCGGUCAUGAACUCUGACUGCUUACCACGAUGCAUAUAUACACGUCUAGUGUUCCUUACUUCAUGAAUCAUCUUACUCUUACUCGCCCACUUUUAAUAUGUUGUUGUGUUCAACGUUCUUUGGAUACCGUCUU